GUGCGGUUAUCAAUAAUAGGUAUCGCUGGAGCUUUCCAAGUGGAUACUAAUGGCAUUUACAAGUCUUCAUUUUACGAAGUGAAAGAGCACGAUGAUUCUGGUAUCUUCCUAACCAAGUAUAAUGUCAUCACUGCUAAUGACACUUACGUCCACCUUCAUCGCACCUGGACAAACAACGACUACCAUCAUUUUGCGGACGGGAGUACUGUUAAAGGGGAACACAAGGUUAAGUCUCAGCACAGUGCUCACGUUCAUUUAAACGAUGGAAAAAUUGAACAAGUCCAACGUUCUAUGAAAGCCCUAUUUAGGUCUUCCAGUGGUCAUCCAAGAGCAGAAAACCACAAAGCCUUUGAAAAUCAGGAUAUCGAAAUAUCAGCGACAGGAUACAGCAAAAUGAAAUUACGACGUUGCUCCGAUGCAGUCCACCGUCGCUCCAAGCGCUCUACUCCGGUAAAUGAGCAUUUAGAUGUGGUAAAAUCGCUUAUUAAGGACACCAUUUUGUUUACCGACGCUGAUAAAAUAGACUGGUCAGAGAUAGGUGGCGAACAGAGGAAAGUGAGACCUAUGGCGGAAGUUUUGCGCUGUCUCAACAAAAAAGAUAUCAAAGAACGGGAAAUUGCACAUUGUUCAAGUGAGUUGCAUCACAUGGUUCUCAACGAUGAAGAUGUAUUUAAAUCAAUCAAGCACAUGGUUCGAAAUCGAGACCACCAGAACCUGACAGCUUGGAGCAUCUACGUUUCCGCUGUGGCGGCACAUGGCAAGUAUGAAGCCCAAAACGUUCUGGCUCAUGCGGUUAAGACACGCACCCCUAGACCACUAAAUGAAAAAGAAUUUGAAACACUCCUAGUAGCAAUCCAUUACUUGCCAAAUGGACCAUUACACACAACUCUGUUUGACGCUCUUUUGGCGCUGGCCUUUGAAGAUAAACAAGAGGACCAAUCUACUGCAACCGCAAUGCUAGUUUUAGCAGGGCUAACAGAAAGAGCAAAAAGAGCAGGUUACAAUGAGACCUUGAGUGAGAGUGUUGCGGAGAUGAUUCAUAAUAGAUACAAGAACAAGUCAAGCCUGUACCAUUCAGACAGCGUCGAUCAUGAAAUCCACUUAAGAGAUCAUAUAUGGGCGUUUGGAAACCUAGGCCAUCAUUCUGCACUUCCCUUUAUUUUAAAACACGUUGACCAUGAUGACUCUAGCAUCCGAUCAGCGGUGAUUUCAGCAAUGCGCAAAAUGCCUCACAAAUAUACGGACAAACAUCUCAUGAAAACGUUGUACCAGGAUGAAGAGCCUAACGUGAAGGCAGCAGUUGUUGACGUUUUUAUAGAUCGCCAUCAGAAUUUAAGUGACUCUAUAGUAAAAGGCUUGGAAUACGCAAUGUGGCAUGCAAACAAGGGCGAGACAUUAGAUUCAGCAAUACGCGAAUUCUUAGAAAAUCACGGUAAUCAUGAGAAAGCGGUUCACUUGCGCAAAAAACGUAAAAAAAUCCAUCGCCGCAAGCGUGCCUUGUUCCCGGUACUCCGCCCUCGAGAGUUUCAGUUAGGACGUGCGAAAGAUUGGAGAAUGGUGGUAGGAGGAGAGUGGCUGGGAGCUGAAGCUGCUGUUCAGUUUUCUAACAUGCUAAAACUGCGAGUUGGAAUUUUUGGCGGGAAAGCUGCAGUUGAGCUUGACAAUUCAGGGAUAGUACGAGGUCAUCUUCUCAAAUACGGGUUUGAAAUAGCAAAAGGUAGGGCUGCUUUCAGAGCCUCAGCCAGUUUUAAAAACGACUUUCCGAAAGACCUUAUACAUACUGUUGCAGAUGCAGCAGACGAUCUUCUUAGGCAGUUCGAUAGCAUUACAAACGUAGUCGUUGAAACAAUUGCCAAGUUUAGAAGAAAACUCCUUGGAUUCAUUCCACUGAACACCGAAAAGUUGACAGAUUUCUUACAAACCACAGACAUCUUUUUACAGAAUUUGAAUGUCCCACAAAAGAUAAUAAAAGGAGUACACAAGCUCAUCAGUUUCUCAAAAGAUGUAGAUGUCAAUAAAAAGAUAUGGAAGUCACUUACGGUAAAGAUUAAAAAAAUCGAGGAAAUUCGGACGAGGAUAACUGGAUUUGACACAGUUGUUAAUAAAGCCCUUGAGACUCUGAAGAGGAUGUUCAAAGUUGUUGAUGGCACUAGUAAGUACCUGCCAAAGCACUUACCUGCUGGCUUUAGCUUGAAGGAGCUUCUCCACACACUGAAAAACGUUUCUGGGUCUCAACAGAACUUCACGUUUAAGGAAUAUUUCGCUAAUUUAGGAGCGCAAGUUCCAGAUGGUUUCAAUUUACUACUACCAUUCAAGUUGUCUUCUUACUUCACUUCACUCAAUAAGCUUGAGCAAGUGUUAUUGACAAUACAAAGUCUCGGAAACAGUUACCUGAAUAUGUCAUCCUUAUUGGACUCGUUAAAAACCACAGUGUUACCUACUCUACAACUUCCUUUCGUGAAGUUGCGUUCGCCAAGAUUUCAAGGACAGGGAUUUAAUUUUGGCCUUAAUUUCAACUGGAAAUCUAGCUUAAUGUUUGACUUGAAGUUGAACUCUCCUCCGUUUAAGAAAAUCAUAUCUAUCCUAAGGAAUGUCAGUAGUUUUUUCCAGCAGUUCACGCAUGCAGAUUUUGAUCUCCCAAGGUUUUUCCAAGACAUUCUGCCAGGGGGGAAAAUGGACCUAAAACGUAACUUCUUAGAGCUCUACAAAGCACAACAAGCAAAUUCCAUUCAUCCACCAGAAGUUCUGCAAACGUUUAUGUCCAAAAUAAUAAAUUUACUGGAUUCUCAAGUUUCAAAUGUGUCAAAUCUCAGCGACACAGCAGAUUUCUUUCAAGAACUUGGACCUGCAAUGACCCAGUUUGCAAACACAAAUCUUGAAAAAACCUGCAGAAUCCAUGAAAUGGUCCGGGACCAGUCUCUAAAAUUUAGAGACUUUGGAAAAGAGAUCGCAGACGACUAUAUUUUUGUUCUCAAAGAAAUCAGCAACAAGACUGCAAAUGUUUUGAAAGAAUUUCUUACUUUUACAGUGCUGGUGGAGACCUUGAUAGAGGACAUCGAGCUAAACUAUUCUGCUUCUGCCAACGAUCUUAUCUCGGAUUCACUAAAAGAGCUUUCUGGUAAGAUGGGAAACAUUAAUAAUCUAACGGAUCACAUUUUAGAUUUCGCAAAUGGCACUUCCUCUAAAGUUGGCGGGUUGUGUAUCAAAACGGCAAAUUUCACAGCUGACGUCAUCGACGAAAUACAGUCUGGGGCUCGUCAUGUUUUUCAAAACUUUUCUUCCUUUAUCGGACCUGCAGCGGUAACUGUAAAGACUGUUGCAGCUAAGGUUAAGCUCACUGUUGCUAAAGUUAAAGACUGGUAUAAAGAAAAUCUGGAACAUCACGUAGGAAAGAUUUCCCGCGUUGCACAAAUUGUGUCUGAUUUUCUCUCAGUAUUGGGCAGAAAAAAAGGAUUCCUUAACACUGUUCAAGAAAUAGCCCAUGGCCUUAACGAAGUUCUUAAGCACCUAGGAAACUUUCCCCAAUAUAUGGACAAGGUGCGGGGAACCAUAGAUGAGGUGACAGAUUUCGCAAACCGAGCUCAGAAUUAUACAGAUGAAAUUCAGAAGCUUAGCAUUGGAAAACAGUUCGGAAUUGACUUCAAGGAACGGGUAAGAAAUUUGUGUGAAACAUUUCAGGCCAUCAGCGCCGAAGAAAUCAACGAACUCAAAAUCUCUAAUUUGAUGGACGAGGUUAGCUCAUUUUUCAACAAAGAAGUUAGCGCAUUCGUUACUAAAGCUUUAUCCAAGUUAAGAAACAUAAAAGGUUUCAUACGAAAGAUCCGAGAAGAACUUAAUGAUAUAACUGAUAUGGUAACAAAGAUGAUUGUUGUUCUAUCCGAUCUUAAGACCUUUAGCAAGUAUUUGUCGCCUUUACUGCUAAAAGCACUUCAGCUACCGGACUGUCAACAAAUGAAAAGGGUCAUUUUGGAUAACACUAAGCCGUGUGUUCAAAAAGCGCAAGUCAUUGGAAGCUCCUUUAUUGCCCAGUACAAAGACUUCAACAGAGAGCUAAUAGUCUUUGAUGAACUGAUAUCCGAAACAUGGAAGAACUUUAAGAUCCAGAAAUGUACAAAAAAAAGCACUUGCCUCUCUAAGGUCUUUAUUGAGCAAGGAAAGGUCAUUAAAAACAAAGUGAAAUCGUUAACGGCAAAACUUGAUGCAUCAAGAGGAUAUACUGAUUUGCUACAAACGUGCAAAGAAGGAGUAGACAACAUAACGGCGGUGAUAGAUAACGUAUGGCUGCUCACCGAACAAGUCCACAAUUUCUCUUUGAAAGAAGACGUUCAAAGAGUAAUUACAAUGCUGCAGAAGAUCACAGGACAAAAACCAGAAAAAAGGGAAUUAGCGCGUCGCAAGAGAACCACAGAAGCUGCGAAAUCCAAAAUUGAAAGACUAUCUGAUUACCUGAAAAAGGUCAAGGAAACGGAAGAAAAAGUCCAGAAUUUUCAAGAAAACAUUUUUCUGGUGCUGCGUAAUGUCUACGAUACUGAUGUACAUAGAAAUAUCCAGUUACUCAAAAGCACAAUUUCCAAGCUUAAGAAAUCGUACCAGCUAUGGCAAAACGCAAAAGCUCUAGAAAACCCCCUCACAGCGUUGGAUGUUGGUACUAAAAGCGCUCUGGCAUUUGCUGGAAAAUUUGAGAAAGUCGCUUCUCUCCUUUCGCUUCCAUCAAACAAAUUCCUGGCAAAAAUAGAGGAGAUUACAAAUGUAGUUAAACCUUUUCUUGACAAGAAUGUCGUAAGGGUCACAGAAGCAGUCAGAAAAGUAAAUGGGUUCGUAGACAAAGUCAGUGAUUUUUUAAACAAGAUUCAAACAAGGCAGAGAGGCUUAGACCCAAGCGCUUACAAACCUUGGCAAUAUUUCCCUUACUGCUCUAAAGACGUCUGCUUGCGACCAUUAAGAAGAUCUUCAUCUCUUUACCUGUCGACAAUUUUCACAUGGAAAUUUCCUCAUUUAGAUGAUCUUUCCUCUAUGCAAAAGGCUGGACGUUGGUUGACACCUGGUUUGUUUGAGGAUUAUAAAGUUGACGGAAUUUCUCAGCUAUCGAAAAACGAAAUGAUCCUUGGAAUGUAUGGGGUGGUGAGUAAUAGAGACAAAGCAUCCCUCCUCGUUGUAACAAAUUUUGAGCAAGGAGUGAAUAAAAUAAUUCAACUAUCCAGACAAGAACUUCCAUUCUCUGUGAAGAUCGGUGGACUUGCCAUUGCUAGGAAUUAUCUCUGGAUCGGUGAUAGUAGUACAAAUGAAAUCUUUUCAAUAAAAAAAUCUGCUGUUACAUCUACGUUUACUUCAGUUAAGCCUUCAUGGGUAGAAAUCUACAAGACCGUUUCUGUCGAAGGUUUUGUCGAGUCUCUGUCCUAUGACGAGCCAAGCAAUGUCUUGUGGGUAACGAGCAGCAAAGAUGGAAAGGCUUAUGGAUAUCAGCUGACAGUACACGGUGAUAUACUGGGCUCUAGUGCUCCAGAUCCCGACAGAGUGAUCGGCAUAGGAGAGAACGCUCAAGGGAUGACGAUUGUGAGACAGUUUGGUCACGAGUACGCAUGCAUCUCAAGGUGUGCAUUAAUUGCUGGGUUUCAGUGCAAGCUUGAGUUUCAUAACAUGGGCAAAGGAAAGCAAGUAGGAGAAAACACACUUGCACGAGUGGUUCGAACUCCUUCUGGCUUAGAAUCCGUUUCUAGAGUUGAUAACGAAGUCAUUGCUGUUGCGUUUUCAAGUGGCACUUUUGCUGAGAAAGAGAAUGUAGAGCUUUCAGGAGGAGACUAUGAAGACAGGUACUUUAAACUAAGGUUGCCAAUUCUUAACACUACAUUUGGAAUUACCGAAAACUGUCUCUAUUUUAGAUUACUUGGCGACUAUAUUUUACACCCUCGAACGAUAUUUCCUAUAGGAGACGCUAUGUGUGGAUCAAAACGCAAGCGAAGUAUCUCUCAAGAGCUUCUGGAAACAGAUGUCUAUCACGAAAAACUUGAAGAUAUCCACCAGAGAAGCAAGAGAAUUCCAAGAAACGUUGCCGAUUCAGGAUUGUGUAUAAGCUUCCGGAAUGAAUCACUUUUAAGUGGUUCCUAUACCUUUUUCGAAGUAUCGAAAACCAUUACUGUGUUUGGGAUACCCGUAAAGUUUUGUGCUGACGCUGUAGGUCACUAUAGUGUUGGCUACGAGGCAAGUCUUUGCAUAACAUGUAGGGUUUUUAAACUGGGGCUUAUCCCAGGGGCAUGGAUUACAGUAAGUGCUGGUGCAAGCGUACCUUUGUUACUUAUUGAAGCUGGUGUGACAAUUGAGGCAAAAUUGCUUGAGACGCGCCUUGUUCCACAGUUACGCGUAGAUUUCAGCGCGUGGCCACUUCAAGCCUGUGUUGAACUCAAGCUGAUUAUGACUCCGCUUAGUAUUAGAGUGUACCUUUGGUACAGACUUUUUACCAUUCAGAGUAUCAAAGUCUAUCUAUUUGGUAUUGACAUCAAGUUCGGUUGGGGAAAAAAGAAAACUUUUAAAGAGUGGAUUUGGUCAGCACCGCAGAUAGAUAGAAUCCUGUUCAUUAAAUGUAGCACGAAAGCAGACAGAACGCCACCAGUAGCAGGAUCAUGCGCGGCCAAACAGGCGGCGGAGAGAAAAUAUAUAGUACACUGGCAUGGCUUUCACGAAGAUAGUAAAAUCGCAACUUAUCACGUCCGCAUUGGAUCGAUAGAAGGAAGUGAUGAUUACUACUCUGUUUCGGUUGGCACAUCUUUGAGCCAUACUAUCGAGAAUCUUUCAAUAGUGGAAGGCAGAAACGUGUAUGUGAGUGUCCUGGCAACAAAUGAUGAAGGGCUUAAUAGUCCUUUUGCUCAUUGUCCAGUAUUCCAAGCAAGGCGAAAGGGGCCACAGAUUGCUUACGUCCACGAUGGUGCGGUAGCUGGAACUGAUUCUGAUUACCAACAUGAUGUCUUUUCCCUAGGGAUGAAUUUCGCAAUUAAGAGCGAUUUCACGGAGAUUAUUAACCUAAGAUGGGGAGUUUCCUCGCAGCCGUCGUGUCACUUCGAUGACUCCGAGACAAACGUUGUUCCAUUAACACCCCUCGGUGAUUCUAACGCAAUUCAUGUAUCUGGUUUAAGUCUUCAACAUGGAAGUAAGUACUUUACUCGCUUGUUUGCAAUGGACAAGUUUGGACUAAAGACAGUUUUAUGUAGCGAUGGUGUCUUAAUAGACACUACUCCGCCAAUACCAGUAUCUUUUCAAGACGGUGAUGGAGAUAAGGAUGCCAAAUUCCUUGCAUCCCUAAGACGUGUGCGUGGCAAGUUUGAACCCUUUAUUGACCCCGAGAGCCCUAUUGUGAAGUAUGAAUGGAAGGUUGUUAAUAAUGUCUCUGAUAAAGAUGUAACCUCGUUUAUUGGAAUACCCCUCACACAAAGAACAGUGCUCAUAGAAGGCCUUUCUCUUGAAGCAGGCACACCUUACAGACUUAUACUUCGUGGAAGUAAUGCAGCGGGUCUUCAAUCAGUUACUCAAACAGAUGGAUUUAUACCAGAUGUUACAUCUCCACUUUGCGAAGGAACCGUGAUUGACAUAAGUGACAUUGCCGACACGUUUGACUUAGAUUUUGUAAAAGGGUUAGACAGUAUCCAAGCAAAGUGGAAAUGCUUUGACCGUGAAAGUGACAUCAACUACCAGCUUCUGGGUAUCGGAACGUAUCCUGGAGGCGAUGACAUUAAAGCGUUUCAAGAUGUCAGGUUUCUGUUGCAAGCCUCAACGGAGACUGGAAUGUUCUACGUUAAAUAUUCCAACAUAAUUAUUCUUCCAAGGGUUAGAUAUCAUGUUACCGUAAAAAUUAUCAAUGGCGCGGGUCUAAAGAAGACGAUCUCUUCGGACGGCAUUUCGAUUGACAUUACUCCGCCAACAGUUGCUCCCGAAUACAUCAGAGACGGACAUAAAGGAGGGGACAAAAACUUUACUAGUGAGCGUUUUGUAUUUAAAGCACACUGGGAGCAAGCCUUCGCUGACGCUGAAAGUGGCGUAGUAGAAUAUCAUGUUGGACUAGGUACAGCACCUGGGACAACAGAUAUAAAAUCAUUCUAUACGAUAGCCUCGCCAAAUGUGACAAUAACAGGAUUGUUUCUAGAAAAUGGUCGACGCUACUACGUCACUGUUGUGGGCUGCAAUAGAGUGGGGAUGUGUGCCAACGCAAGUAGCAACGGAGCCACUGUUGACUUUGCCCCUCCUCACACCGGACUAGUAAUCACGGGCCUAACAGGCCCUCCAGUCUUGUACCAGUGGAUAACAAACUCAGUUUGGGCCCGAUGGAAAUGGUGUUCGGCGGAUGAAAAAAGGAUUUUCACCAUUCUUAAUUCUAGCCAAUGUUCCAACGACAGCUUCUUUGAUAUAGACAGUGGGAUAGCCAUGUUUGGUAUGUCAGUAAUAUCUCAAAAAGCUGACCAGCUGAUCUUACCUUUUAAGUUGACCGGACGCCAAAGAUAUAGCGGUCUCACUGUUGAUCUCAAUGAUGGCGUUUACUCAGUAGCCAUCGAAGCCAAGGACAAAGCAGGUGUUACUUCGCGUGCUCUUUCGAACUCCUUUAUUGUCGAUAGCAGUCCUCCAUUAAUAACACUCGUUCAGCAUGGUCAUUUUGGAGAAAAAGUGCGAUAUGUAAACUCGUCAGUCAUAACUUUUCGGUCUUUCUUCAUGGUCGAAGACGAUCUUUCCGUAAUAACCUCUUACAAAAUUGGUGUUGGAAGCUUUUCUGGUGCUGAUGACGUCUUACGAUUUGUGACUAUCAACCUACAACAUUCCCCUUCAUCACUCCAAGCAAACUGGACAUCCUUAAAAACAACGACCGUAGAAAAUAGCAAACUAUAUUUUAUAACCAUACUGGUAAGGAACAGUGCUGGUCUCUUUACUGUUAGAUCAUCUCCCCCGCUGCUGUGUGACUUUGAAGCUCCAAAAGACGGAUUCGUAGUGGACGGAUGGGCUUCAAACGAUGCUGACUAUCAGAGCUUCCUUUCACUCUACCGAGCACACUGGUACGGAUUUACAGAUUUCUCGGGAAUUGAGACUGCUUACCUUGGGCUGUCUAGUGAAGCAAAUCUAGCUGUCUGCGAUGUGAAGGAGGAACAAGUAGUAUCACGUAACUCAGCCUUUCAUGUUUUAUCUGGACUAGCCUUGUUAUCGGGGAAGAGGUACUACGCAUGUCUCAGACUUGUAGAUAGGGCUGGGAAUGUGGCAAUUUUUCAUUCAAACGGUGUAAUCGUCGAUAGCAGCCCUCCGCUUCAAGGUGUCGUUUUUGAUGGAACCCCAGAUCAAGAGCUAGACGUACAGGUUGAGAGUUCCGUCCUCAGGGCUUCAUGGAAUAACUUUACCGAAAAGGAAACAAGGAUUGUUUCAUAUCAUCUUGCAUUUGGAUCGGUCCCGGGAGCGCAAGACAUUCAAAAGUUUACAAACGUAGGGCUCGUUAACAAAUCGUCAAGUACACGACUUAAGGUUCAAGAAUUAGCUACCGGUCAAAGGUAUUAUGCAACAGUUAUCGCCUUUAACGUACUCGGAAUGCCCAGCUUUAUGUCUUUUUCAAACGGAGUGCUAGUAGAUUUUACGCCACCGAUCUUUUUACAGCCAACAAGGGAUGGUGACGAUUCUAAAGUUGAUGAUAAUUACACAUCAGAGAAUUUUCUGAAGGCAACAUGGGUCUGUCAAGAUAGAGAGAGUAAUAUUUCAUCCAUUGACAUUAUCUUCGGUCAACAACCUGGGGAAGCAGACGUUAUGAGGUCAAGAAGUCUUUCAGUCUCACAAACGUCCUUUGUCAUCAGUCAGAAGCUAGAGCUCGGUCGCAGGUACUUUGCUACUGUUCGGUGUACAAACAAAGUUGGCCUCACAGUUGUUUCUUUCUCAGAUGGUAUCGUGUUUGAUAAUACGGCUCCAACUCCAGUUUACGUGAAAGAUGGUAGCUACCAAGUAUCAAACAGGACAUUAUUCUUGGCUUUUAAGUUUGUUGAUGCAGAAAGUGGUGUACACGCAUACAAAGUUCAAGUGUGGGGAGAGUCACCUAGCGCUCAUCUGGAUUCGAACGGCUUCUUCACGUUUGCUGGCAACGUUACCGCUCAUUAUAUUAACCUUCCUAAAGACCUUGACAGUGGAAAAAGAUAUUACGUCAACGUGACGGCUGUAAAUGGCGUUGGAUUGGAAGCAACAAAGCAGUCAGAUGGAUUUACUAUAGAUAUGACCCCUCCAGUAUGCUUGCAAGUGUGGGAUGGCAAUGGUGAUUUUCAAGAUGACCAGGAAUAUGCCCCCAGCUCCCACAGAUUUACGAUUUCUUGGGUGUGCUAUGACAACGAAACCCCUAUAGUGAGCUAUCGAUUUUCUGUUAAAGAUGUGAAUACACUGAAAUACGCAAUUCCAUUUCACGAGUUAAAAACUCGGCUAAACACAUCAGGAACAGCACUUAUCACUGGAGGAGGUCGAACAGCCAGUAAAUUAUUGGACGGCCAUAAUUAUGCAAGUGGAAUUGAGCUUCUUAAUGCUGUUGGUAUGAAAACGAUUUAUUGGACAAAUGGAGUCACGAUUGACAGCACACCUCCCAUAGUGACCAAGCUAAAGCUUACAUUCUAUCCCCAAGAUGACUUCCUGAAAGCUAGUUGGUUAGUGAUUGACAAGCAAAGUGACCUGCGGUCCGUAUCAUGGGGCCUUGGAACUACUCCAGGAAAAAACAACCUCAAGAACUACACUUUAUUGUUAACCCUAAGUGCAAACUUGUCCUUAUCAAGUGCUUCUUUCAAGCAGGGCAUCACCUGUUUUUUGAACCUACUGGCCAUAAACAAUGCUGGCUUAUCAAGUGAAAGUUCUUCAAACGCAGUAGUCGUGGAUCGCACUGCACCGAAUCCAGGUGUUGUGGCUGCACAUUACGCUUUUCCACCUAGUUAUGAUCGAAAAGGCAACAAAGUACCCAACUCCUCUCUUGUAGUAAGUUGGACGGGCUUUGCAGAUCCUGAAAGUGGAAUUAAGGAGACUAGCUGGGCCAUUGGAACAAACCAACAAAUGCUCCAAAAUAAUUCCCAUCUGUACACCAAAGUUGUCCCCAGCGAGUCGGUUGAUGGGGUAGUCGUACGAAAUCAUACACUUACGGCAAAUGAAACAUAUUUCGUCUGCGUGCGAGUAACAAAUGGUGCCGGUCUUCACAGAAUCGACUGUUCCGCUGGGAUGCUGAUCAUAUUGGGUCAACUCUCUGCCGGCGUUGUGAGUGACGGUCCAAUUUCUUCGGCCAACGACACUGACUUCCAGCUGGACGACAAAACAUUAUGGGUGCACUGGGAUGGAUUUAAGGACCCAGUGUAUGGUAUCUCGGGGUAUGAUUGGUGCAUCAGAGAUCAGCCGCCAAAUCCAUCUGGGUCAGGUAUGUGUAAGUGGCCCUUCAUGAAAGUUAGUCAUUUAGAAACAAAAGCUAACCGCUUUAACAACCUGACACUUUCACACGGGACCAAAUACUUUGUUACCGUAAAAGCUAAAAACAUCAGGGGUGAUGUCAUAAUGUCUUCUUCAGACGGCGUUGUCAUAGACCGGACACCUCCAGUAGGAAAAACACUCGACAUCUUACCAUCAUCGGGAAAAGAUACUUUAUAUAUAACAUCGCCAUCUGCCCCCGUAGUAACCUGGUCCAUUGAUGAUCCAGAGAGCGGAAUCAGCCACUUUGCACUUAGCGUUGGUAGCUUUCCAUUUCAAAGCGAUCUUUUAUCUAGUCAGUACCUAGACAGUCUGAGUCGUUUCUUAGAUUUAGACAAGGUUAAUUUUACAAUGUAUGAAGGUUUAUCAUUCUAUGUUACCGUUACUGCUGUCAACAUGGUUGGUUUGGACACCGCUCUUGUUUCCCAACAAGUCGUAGUGGACUGGACACCACCGGAGUUGGGAACGAUUUCGGACGGCAACCUUACCAGUCACUUGUUUCAAGAAUUUAUAGACAUUGAUUACCAAAGAGAGAAAAAGCAGCUGUUUUCCAAGUGGGCUGAAUUUCAAGAUUCUGAAAGUGAUGUUAUAGAAUACAACUGGUGCGUGGGGACAUCACAGGGUAAGAAAUCUUUUCUAGUUUGUAAAUAAAAGUUAAUUCGACAGGCCUGUUUCUCGAAAGUCUUGGUAAGAGUCGCAAAAAAAAGAUUUAUUCCCAAAAAUUUAGCAGGAUACAUUUCGUUUAAAUUUGAAGUACAUCGCAUGAAUUUCAAGAUCAAAACAGUUCGUGAGACAAAUAAUACGCUCACAAAAUAUCUUACUGGACCCGAACCGUUAUUGCGACUUCUGAUAUCCUCUGAAUCAUUUUAAGAGAUCCUUGGUUUGUCUCUUCUUUACAGACAAGUGGCUUUUCGAACGGUGAGCUAUCUUAGAAUGCACUUUUGCAAGAACAUUUUGUAGGUCAGCUAUAUUUAAAGUCUUCUGGGCUAUCGACCGUCCUUUUAAAAAAGAGUUCGAAUCUUUAAGGUAGGCGUCACUAAAACUGACAGCAUGAAAGAAAAAAAUGCGACUAGAUUAAGUUUGUGGGGAGUUCGAGUUAGCUCAUAAGAAAUGACCAAGAAAAUGUGGCCAAAUCAGAGGGAGAUAGGAUCUUGUUCGUUUUAUCCAGGAUUUCGGGCUUUAACCGAGUUCGAGUUGAAGAGGUUCUAUUGUAUUGCUAAAUUUUACACUCAGUUAAGCAUCAUUGUCCUACGAAUUUCCCGGAGAGUAUUUUCACUGAAGGUUCCUGAUUUUCCCGUUUUCUUUUCAGGCAUUUGCAAUGUUAAAAGCAUGACUUCUGUAAAUCUUCUCACUGAAGUAGAAACCUCUGUCGUUCCUCAAGAGGGUGUACAAUAUUUUGUCACUGUAGAAGCAAUCAAUGGUGCUGGUCUCAAAAAAAUAGUGUCGUCUGAUGGCAUAUUUGUUGAUAAGUCUCCACCUGUGAUAGAAGGAGUUUAUCACGGCAUUGAAAGAGAAGAAACCGAAGUAGCGCAUGCCAUUUCGCAGGACGAUGGUCAAUGUUUAACGUUCUAUUGGGACACACCGUAUGACAUGGACAGUGGAAUUUCAAGUAUUCAGUGGUGCGCGGGUACGACCAAUAACUCGUGCGACGUCGUUCCUUCGACUUUCGUAGAUCGAAAAGAUACGUCUGUGAAGCACUGCAUAUCUAAAGCACUGGAUUCUGGUACAACUGUCUUUAUAAUGGUAGCAUUAAGGAAUGGCGCCGGAAUCAAUAAGCAAGUCGUCUCUUCACCCCUUCUUAUUGAUUCCACUCCACCAACAACAGGGAAAGUCAUCGUAGGAAAUACUGUCGGCACAAAGUAUUUCAAGAAGAAUGAUUUUAUUACAGCUCAAUGGAGUGGAUUCUCUGACCCUGAGAGUACUUUGCGCUACUUCGACUGGUCUAUUUGUCAAACAAGCGUGAAAGGCAAAUGUGUUACUCCGUUUGUGAACGUAGGGCUCAAGACUAGUAUAAAGAUUGAUUCACAAGGUCUUACAUAUGGUGUGUCGCUUACUUUAAUUGUUCGUGCAUUUAAUAAAGUUGGACUUUUCAGUGAAGUUGUCUCUAACCAGUUCAUACUAGACGGUACUAAGCCGUCUGCUGGAACAGUAUCUGACGGAUUGAAGAGAAACAAGGACAUAGAAUUUCAAAGUUCUACCACUCAACUCUCUGCUAAUUGGUCACCAUUCACUGAUAGUGAUAGUAAUAUUGCUGAGUAUAAAAUAUGUGCAGGAAGAAAAGCAGGAAAAUGCGACGAGAGUGACUUCGUUGUUGUCGGCAUUAACCUCACAGGUACCAUAAACGGAUUAAGCUUGGAGCAUAAUAAAAAUUACUUCGUGACCGUGCAAGCAACGAGCUAUUCAGGUUACGUCACAACGGUAACCUCCAAUGGAGUCAGAGUUGACAGCACGCCGCCUGUUAGAGGAGACGUCAGAGACGGAAAAACACUUGCAGACAUCGACUAUCAGGCAGAUGACACAUACAUCUUUGCAAACUGGGACGCCUUCCAUGAUUUAGAAUCAGAUGUUAUUAAGUACACAUGGUGUGCAGGAACACAAAAAGGUCUCUGUGACGUCGUUAUGGAAACCAGUGUGGGAGAUCGCACCAGUGUUGGACAGCAGAUAACACCUCCAUUACCAGCAGGAAUAAAAAUAUUCGUUACUGUUAGAGCUUUUAACAAAGCAGGCGCAUCGACUUCUGCAUCCUCGGAUGGAUUCGAAAUCGACAAUACUGCUCCACUUCUCUUGGAGGUAACUUAGCUUCAUUUACAUUGAUCCUUUCUCAUAGGUUUGCAUCUGCAAAAAAAUCGUGUUAGUAAUUUCUAAUUUGUCGUUGCAGGUUUCGUUUGACUCUUAUCUAAUCCAACAUUCCCGCCAAGGGUAGACACUUGGUGUGGGCUCUUCUGAUAAUUUACUGUUUUCCGAUAAAAUAAAGAACAAUCAUUUCUUCUUGCCCUUUUCAUUAUUUCAACAGGUAUUUGACCUGCAGCAGACAUUGCGUGAUAAUGACAUUGAUUUCCUAACCGCUAAAGAUGGGUAUUGCGUUGGAUGGGAUGUUAUGGAUACUGAGAGUGGCAUUCUAACGAGUGAGUUGUCCAUUUGUUCCGAUGUAAAUGCCAACGACUGUUUGCUUCAAAGCUUUCAUGUCGGCAACAAGACGUCUUUGUGUAUAACUGAUAUGGAAUUCAAAGAAGGCGUUAAAUAUAGGUCGAAAAUCCGCGUCUUUAAUACCGCUAGACUUUCUACCGAGCUUCUCUCAGAUGGAUUUGUAGUAGACACUACUGCUCCCCUGAUGGGUGAAAUAACAUUUCUUGAUAAGUCACGCGUAUUCUUGGAUAGUGCUGAAGAAACUUUCUCACACGCCGAAAUUGCUGUCCAAUGGCACGGAUUCACGGACCAACAAAGUGGCAUUAGGACCUUCUACAUUUGCGUGGGAAAUCGGUCAGGGGAAUGCAACAUCAAAAAUUUCACUGACGUGGGAAAUGCCACUUCGUUUUCCUUUAAAGACUUGCUGCUAAUUCAAGGGGAGACGUACUUUGUUUCUGUGAAGGCAGAAAAUCGAGCUGGAAUGCCGAGCGACCUGACGACAUCUGACGGGGUCAUUGUCGACAAGACAGGUACCAAUUAGUACAGUUUUCUAGUUGAACAUAAUUAUUUAAUGUUUUUCGAUAGGAGAAAUGCUGCAAGAUUAUAUUUCGUCUGAAAAGACAGACAUAAUUCUGCUAACCUUCUCAAUGGUCGUGAUUCCAGCGCGGAAGAAAACAGAGAGAGAUGCUAAAUGUAUAAACAACGGGCAAAUAGAUGCGUUAAACAAAGGCAUUCAGCGAAGUGACACACUGGCCUUUUUAAAAGGAGAGUGAAAAGGCACGUCUGAUUCAAAGUUUUCUUUUGUUAAUAUCGAACGGUCAAACAAAGGUGCAUAACAAAACGAACAAUAUAUUGCGUCUACUUCUGUAUCGAAAUGACCAACCAACGAGAAAAGUAACACUCUGCUUAGCAGAUUUAAUCAACAAACAAACCGCAUAUGUAAACCAAUGGGGUGCUCUUGACAAGUCGAAGAACUGUAAUUUCGGUCGUGCCAUUAAACGCUGUACCUGCAAAGUUACGCGACUUUUGACAGUCUCAUAAAAAAAUUUUGGUGCACCUGUGGACACUAAUCGCUAAGUUCGUGAGGGUCCUGUGCUGAUUUGUUAACAAUUAGUUCAUGCGUCAGCGUGCGUAUGUCGAGAUAUUGAGCACGCGGGAAGUUUGGAGAGCACGAAAGAGGCGUAAGAGUUGCACGAGGCGCAGCCGAGUGCAACUCUAGCCUCUUGAGUGCUCUCCAAACUUCCCAAGUGCUCAAUAUCUCGACAUACACACAGCUGCAGCAUGAACUAAUUGUUUUAUAACAUUAUCAAAGCGAUCAAUGCAGCAGUUAACUGAAAAUUUUAUUAUUGAAGGGCGCGCUCAAAGCAGUACGCGUCAAUGUUUACGUGAAUAUAUCUUUUUUCCUCACAGUUAAUCUUAUGUUUUUAUCCUGAAACUGAGAGAAAGUGUACUCUAAAAUGAUUGUAAAAUCCAUAUUUAGGUGCCGGAAAACUAUUAAUUUACCGAAAAAUUGUUAUUGAGAGAAAACAACUUUGCAAAGAAUGAGCUCACGCCAUAGCCCGCACAGCUCGCGGAGAUGACAACAACAACAACAACACUCACCUCUUUUCCUUACUAUCGGUUAACAAAUUCAAACGUUUCCUCCUAAAUUUCUUUACAAAACACAUGGUAAACGCUUCAUUGUCUAUUGCUGAGUUAUGGAUGCACUCAAGAGACUCAGGAUUGCUAAGCUCACAACAACUCGAGGAAUUACGAAUAGUUUAUUGACGUCAUCAGCGUGCUCAAUAGGAAUAUGAAGCACGCUCGCGCUAUUGAAUUUGAUUAGGCGAAUUUUCUAGCUAUGUUAUAAUAUAUUUUAGCGAAUAAGAUGGGGAGGGAGUGCAAACUGUCGGUGAAAAAGCGAGAUGUGGAGGCCCAAAACAAAAAAAUAUAUAUCGCCACUUUUCCGCUCUCAGCCGUCGGAGGAAUGUGUACUCUUCAGAUUUUUUCCGACAUCAUGAAACAAUUUGACGACCUCUCGAACUCGUUAAUCGUUGUCGACGAUGGAAUAGACUAUAAGCAGUUUACUCCCUUUCUUUGUUCCAGUGACUUUCACCGUUUUUGACCGGUUUUUUGACAAGCCCUGUUCCUUCACUAAAACGUAUUUUCUAAAGAAUGAUUUUUAUUUCUUCACCGUUUUUCAUCAACUUUAUAAAUUAAUUUACUAGAGCACCACAAAACUAGUUUAAAGGCAAUUCGAAACUCACUUUGUCGCAUGUACGUCGCGCUACGUACUGUUCUUUUGUACGGUCCUUAAUGGUCCUUCAACACAAUUAUCAGAUAACGUGUAAGUAGUUGAUCGCAAAGACCUACAGUAAUUCCCUUUUGCGUUGUAAAAAAAGGAAAAGGAAGCAACGUUCACCAUGUAAAAGUCUUUGCACGGCCAAGGGCAAAACCAUGGGGCUCACAUCCGCGGGAAUUUACAAAGGCUCAAAAUCUCUUUGCCACGCGAAGUGUAAAUACUGUAAAUUUUUCGGAGCUUAAACCAGACAAACGUCGCAUAUCUCGCGCAUGUUGCACAUAAAGCGUGAAGUAUAGCACACUGCCCCAGACAAAAUAUUUACUGGCGAAAACAAAGCUGCAGUGAUGGCUGAUCGUCGUGGCUUUGUAUUAAAAACCCGAGAAAAGUCAUCUUAUUUUGAUUAUUAGUCUUUUCUUUAUCACUUUAAUCCAAAGGACCUUUCAAUGGGGAAGUUAUACUAGAUGGAAGUGAAGAGGGCGUGGACAUUGACUUUCAAGAAAGCAGAACCAGUUUAACAGCUCACUGGAAUGCCUUUCAAGACCUAGAAAGUGACGUUACUAAAGUCACAUGGUGCGCGGGAUUGUCUGCAGGUGCUUGUGAUGUUGUCAAAGAAACGUUACUGCAUCCAGAGAGCAUUUUUGUCCAUAAAGUCCUGACACGCCCGAUGAUGAGUGGUCAGAAGUACUUCAUGACGGUAACAGCAACCAACGGCGCCGGGGUUACAACGUCAAUUACAUCGGAUGGCGUUAUGAUUGACGAUACACCACCAUUGACUGGUACCGUGAUUGAUGGUACUGAAUCAGAUUUGGAUUAUCUUGAUGGCGAGAAUGAUGUCAGUGCACGGUGGUUUGGCUUUAGGGACUUUGAGUCUGGCAUUGACUAUUACCAGGUCGCCUUAUGUGACACACGGAAUCUGUCCUUCUGCCCUCAGCCAUUAACUGAAGUAGGAAAAACAAGCAACGUUACCAUCACAGGUAAAAGUUGUCGCGAGAAAUACGUUUACGUUGACUACCUUCAAUGGCUUAGUCUAAUUUUAACCUCCUUGGGUUCAGAAGUUAAUAUAUUUAGUUCCUAUUAGGAAAUAGUCUGUUGUAAUAACUGAAUUGAUUGUGUGAAUAUCCUCUUAGAUGGCCUAUUGUAACUUUGUUGGCCAAAAAAUUAAUGAAUUAAGUUAAUGUCAGAACGAAGAGAACGUCCCAACAAGAAAGCAGAAAACAAAAGCAGUAGAUGCCUACUGAUAUCAUUGCAACAACAAACAAAGUAAUUUGCUGGUCAUUAUAAAUUAGUGAUCGCAAAGGCCGAGGUAAAUCGUUAUUUCUAUGAACAUAUUAGCACCCGUCUUUAGUUUACUUCCUUUCUCGACAGGUCUUGAUCUUCAAGGUGGCGUACAUUAUAGGUUUAUCAUUAGGACAGUGAAUCUCGCCGGGACUAAAGUUGACGGUUUCUCCAACGGAUUCACAGUUGAUUUCACUCCUCCAAUUAUCAGCAAAGCUUGGAUUGGAGAUAAUACAAGGAACGUUAUUUACCAUGGAGAUUCUAACCGGAUUACUGUCAGGUAAAGACAAAUUUUUUUGUGACCCGCAUCAUGUCUACCGUUGAAAACGACAAAAAAGAUUUUGCUCAACAUCAGGCGUCUAAAAAAAUAGUUAGAAAAUAAUACGGAGAUCACUGCGAAGAUAACAAGCAGAAAUUUGACGAGGACUUCAAGAAACUUAAGCAGACGAUUUGAGAGAGAAGAAUGCAGUUUAAAAGUAUUUGAGUAAACUUCGAACAAUUUGAAGAAGGCCUAACUGUUAAAGUCAAAAACAUAGGCUGGAAAUGCAUGGCUAUUAUUUUUCUCUUAAGCAUACGGCAUUAUUUUCAACCGUGUGAAUUAAGCUGACUACUUCUGGGGCAAGAAGCGAUAAGUUUCAUAACGGAACGGAAUGAGGUACAUAUAGCAUAUUCAGCCUAAAAUAGAUAUUUACUUUACUAUUUAUUGCAGCUGGACUCCAUUUAUCGACCUCGAAAGUGGUGUAGAUAAAUAUGAAGUGUGCUUAAGUUCUUCUAUUCAAAAUUGUUCAGUCGCGACGUUCAUUAACGUCGGACUUAACACAAGUUGUACAAUAGAUGGAUUGCAGCUUACCCAUGGCAGAACCUAUUUCGCUGUUGUAAAAAGUACCAACAAAAUCGGAAUGUCAUCAGAGACGACGACUGAUGGGGCUUUGAUCGAUCUUACGCCACCUUCUUUGAAAGAAAAUAAAAUCUCGGUUGAAAUUCCUACCUCAAAACAAGACUCUGUGUUACAAAUGAACGACUCUUUCUCUCGCGUACUCCUAAAAUGCUCCGAAGAAAAGGUGACGUCUAGCUGGGAUGAAUUCGAAGACCUGGAGAGUGGAUUGGUAGGAUACAACUGGUGUGUGGGAACAGCAAGGACCCUAUGUGACGUGAUAUCUUUGAGGUCUGUGGGGCAGCAAACAAGUGGCAAUGCGAUCAUCAACAAACUUCACUCUGGCCUUACACUUUUUUCGACUGUGUAUGCUGUAAAUGGGGCUGAACGAAGACAACAAAUUAUAUCCGACCCUUGCACAGUGAUUACAGAGGCACCAAAGCUAGUCAAAGUUAUCGACAUCCCAAGAUCUAACAGAGUUGAUCACAUGGACAUUGACUGGACAGCUAAUAGCCAAGGCUUAUCACUUAGCUGGCAUGUCAUCGGGAAAUAUCUCGACGAUCUGCCACGUUUACGCGUCCAAGUAGCAAUCACGACACUUUCCACUAAACUUUCCGCGCCUCGCCUUAUAGGAAAACUGUCGUGGAACGGAGAGCUUCUUAAACAGCCAUACAUGGACAUACUGCCGUGGCGACAGAAUGUUACCAUUGACAGUGUCACCCUGCAGCCUUGGAACCGUUAUCGUGGUAUCGUGAGGGUCUGGAACGAAGGAGAUAUCUAUUCCGAGGCUGCAAGUGAUGGAGUGCGAAUCGAGCCAAGUCCUCCUCCAGUGCGCACCCUAAAAAUCUGUGACAAAGCUGCUGAAAAUGAACAUUUACGCUGGUGGCCAAAUCUUAGGCUAUCUCCUCUCAACGGGAGUAUGGCCCUUCUGGGUAUCAAGUACAUCUCGUCUCCGAAAGAUUUAGAGCUGAUGAUUAGCAAUAGUGUAUCAAAUACGACGCUUAACCAAACCGAUUACGGUUUUGAUCACGGUAUGUUUAGCCCAACAACAGCAUUUAAAAUUAUCGUUAAGAGAUCAUCAAGUGGUUUAAAUAAUACAAAUACGACAUUCCAGGAAAGGAUAAUGAAAGUAAUUCCCGGUGUUGCUAACUCAGAAGGUCCGUGCUGUACCAGCAGGUUUUCCAUCCCAUCAAAUUUCUUCAGUGACACACACUUAAAACCUGUUUUACCAGCCGAGGACUUUGGAGUCUCUGUUGCUAUUUUACCAAAUGACCAGGUAGCCAUUGGAAGUAAAGAUAAGAUUGUUAUACAGUCACUUAAAAGUCAAACUGAUAGUCAUUCUAUUCUAGUGGAAAACGCAUCAGAUCCUUCUGUAAAAGGAAAGAUAGCCUCGCGUGAAAACAUAACGGGUUUUCUUUUAAAUGACAGAGUCGUCCUAUAUGAACAUAAAAGUGGUAAUAUCAAAUUGAGAAAGACCAUCGAAAUAGGAAAAUGCAAAACCGUUUCACAAUCGAAUUGCUCAGGAAACGAAACAUGGGCAGAUGCAGUAGGUCAAGAAUUUGCUGUCACUACGCACGCUGUUGCAGUUACCGGAAUUAUGUCAGGUUCAAAGAACAGUGUUGUGGCGGUUUUCCGAGAGGACGCUGACGUAUGGAUGUUUGCUCAAGUACUUGGCGUCGAAAAGAAAGAUCCCCUUUUUGGACAGUCUAUAGCUUUAAAUGAACGGUUAAUGGCAGUAGCUACAGGAGAUGGAAAGAAUUGCUGUGUUGUAAUUUAUUCUAUAACAACACUGUUUCUCCGACACACCAUCUGCCUAGCUUUGCCUUCAAACCACACACCACCGUUGUCUUUGUACCUCACUGAGACUGACGCCCUUGUGGUUCUGUCAAAGACCGCAAGGCUGUUUCAAGUUUUCCAACUGAACUCCACAUUAACUUCCCACCACGUGGUCUGCACAUACAGUGCGUGGGACUACAAGGAGGGGCUGAGUGGGCAUUUCGAUGUAAACGCCCGAGAAGACGGUUUCGUUGCUGCCCUUGGUGUCCAAAUUAAGGAUGGCAGUCAGGGAGUCCAGCUUCUUGGAUUCCAAGGAAUUUACUCCAAAGACCCUUCACAUGGAGUACCCUUUGAAUGUAUCAAUCUAGGAAAGGUGCUUGCGAGAGACAGCAGAUCACAACCCGAUAGACAAAAUCCUCGAACAUCAGUGGCAUUCAAAGGAAACACUAUUCUAUUUGGAGUACCUGGCUACCUUACAUGGCCUAAAAAUGAUCACUGGUUGAGCACAGGGAGAGUAUUUAUAGCAACUUACUGUCGCUCAGAUCAUUUCCGCAGUAGAGUGUCUGCCUUUCAAAGUUUACGCCCUAUGUCUUGCUUACCUUGCAAACAGGGAAGAAAAUCGUUCGGAGGCUUUACUGAAACUUGCUCAGAUUGCACGGCAAAACAAUGUCCUUCAUCCAAUGACCCUUACAUAUUGACAUCAGGUAUCUGUGACAAUGUGUCUUGUGUUUCUAAAACACUCGUCGCAAACGACAGCAAUGGAGUUGACAUUCACCUUAACAGUGACUCAUUCUUUGUUCCUGGGCCAAAAAACGUCUACUCUAUCGAAGUUCUUGAAACUACACGAGUCAAUCUAUCAACUAGCUGUACUUCAGAAUCGUUUGUUAUUGACUCAACAGCUCCUGAAGUUGGAGCUGUUUACGAUGGUCUUGGCAGUGACCAAAACUUGAACUGUUCCGACAACUCAACGUUUGGUGAAAACAGCCAGUGUUCCACUCGCGAUUUUGAAGACACAGAUGUAGAUUUCACCAACAACACGCGAGAGAUCCACGCCAGAUGGAUUGAUUUCCUGGAUAACCAAAGUGGCAUAGCUGAGUAUUUUUGGUGUGUUGGGUCACAGCCAAUGACAGACAACAUCAAAGAAUGCGAAAGCACGGGAUUAAGACCAAACGGCAGCCACUAUGGCGUUAGUUUAGAACACGGCGAUUUUUAUUACGUUACAGUUGUCGCCUGCAAUGGAGCCCACAGAUGUUCAGCGGCACACAGCGAUGGGGUUACAAUUGAUAUCACGCCACCCGUAAUGAAUUACGUUCGAGAUGGAGUCAUGGGACCAGAUAUGGAUUAUCAGGUAAAAAUAUAAUUUCAAUUGUACACUAUGUGGAUUGAUAAUGCUACGUGUCGAAAUUGUGGAAAAAAUUUCUACCGGACUGGGGAUUGUAGUUUUGGACAUGAACUCAAAGAAAAAUUUACGAAAAGAAAAAAAAAACAACUGUGGCGAGGGUUAAAAAAAAAAAAUGACGAAAAUCCUUUGAGGUUAUGCCCGGUACAGCAAAAAGGAAUAACUUAAAUGAAUAAUUGUGAAAAAGGCAAGGCAAGACGUCAAGGUCAUCUUUGACUUCCUUAUAUUUCAACCUUGUUUUCUUAUUGUCUUUUUAACGUGGUUUUGAUUUACGGCUUCUUCUGUUAAAAAUCCAAAAUUCUUCUCCUUAAAUAAGAGAAUUGUUCGUUUUUAAGUCAUCUUUUCGCACUUGAAAACUUAUGAAAAGCUUCAAAAAUUUUGCUCCUCAGUUAUAAAGAAAAUGAUGAAGGGUGAUAUAAAACAGGCACGAUUGUUAUGUUUUACAGGUAUUUGUUGAUAUCAUUUUCGCGUACUUUUGGGCGAGUGACCUAGACAGUGGAGUGACGUCAUAUGAAAUUGCUUGGGGUACUGCACCAAAUUUAACGGAUAUAUCAGACUUUGAAGAGGUCGUCAACACUACGGUCUGGCGCGCACGACUCGAAGACGAUGUACUUAAAGUAGGGGAAAGUUACUACGCCACCGUAAGAGCUACAAAUGGGGCUGGUUUGCUCUCAGAAAGCCUAUCCUCCGAUGGAAUUAUAGUCGGUAAAACUGAAUUUAUCUUCGAUAACACAUCGACAGGAUCCUUCUUCUUCGAUACAGUAAACAUUAAUGACGAUGGGACGCGAAAGGAUAAUGGCGUGGGUCAGACAUAUGGAACAUUGACUGUCCCCGAGGGCGCUGUUAAAGGAGAAGUGAAGUUGAGAUGUUACAGUCUGGAUGAAAUGGCACUGAGCAAAAACAAGACGGCAGAGGGUCCUGUGAGCCAUCCAGCAAAGACCAAACCAAAGGUAUGAAUAACUAAUAAGAAGGCAACCGUGUUACUUUUUACCUCCAAACGUCGUUUUGUGUCCAUUUGCGUUGUGAUGAAGCACUAAAACUCUCAGCAUAGUUUUUGUGUCAACCUAAAUUGCGUUAUCGCAUUAUUACUUUACAGAUGCCGGUUGGGAAUUUAAAAAGAGGCGCAAUUAGUGGGAUCGUGUUCAAAACCAACGAUAAUUGUUGCCAUAAUCACUGAUUAAAAUGAUCUAAUUUCAAAUUUAUAUAAUGUAGAAAACAAAUUCUAAAUUUCUUUUCUUUGUAAAACACUGGUUGGUAUCCAAUAAGGGAAACUAAAUGUCUGCUAAGGCGGUAACUCUAACAGUGAAAGGAGCUUCUAAAGAAAAUGAUAGCUUCGCGCGUCACCCCUUUUACGACAGUGUGAAAACUAUUGAGAUGUUUAACAUGUCCUUUUCUUUGCAACAGCAAUUCCUACUUGGAAACUACAGUUUCCAGAUAAAAGCGUUAGAUCCACUGACAAACACUGUUCAAGAAGGGUAUCGAUUUGACAAGCCCAUUAAAGUCGAUAUGUUUUACGACGUUGCUAACCUGGUGAGAGCUAAUGAAAAGUACGUCAACAAAGAACUCACCGAGGAAGAUGUGGAACCUGUGUUGUAUCUGUGGGAUCCAGAUAAUCACACCUGGUAAGACAUUUAAAUAGUUCAAACUGCAUGAGGCCACAGAGAACUGCUUUGCUUUGAUGACACAGUCACUUGAAUACCAAUAUUAUCUCAAGACUGAAGUACAGUUAUUUUCGUGAGGCCAACAUCAUUUUUCUCGGUACACACUUCCAAAAAUUGUAAACCAGGCAAUUCAAGCUGCAAGAAAAAAAGUGCGUUUUCAGUUAAAUAGUUUUCUUUUCCACAUUGAAGGAAGUAUACUUAAAUAAAUACAAUGUAGCGGGUCAACUGUAACUCAUGAUUUAUAUAAAUUACUGAGUAAGGGGCUGUUUACAAGAAGGAACAAAGAUCCUAGAACCAGGAAGAUCCUAGAAGGCGGUACAACUUUUCGUUGGGUUUACUUGCAGAAAUUUCGGUCCGUGUGGUUAUCAGUAGACAAGGAAUUAAAUAUUAAAGAUUACCCACUGAACGACCCGCCGCCAUUUUUGUGUGCUUUGUCCCUAGUAGUAGGAUCUUCCUAGCGAAAGCAGUUUACAUGAUGCUAGGAUCUUCCUAUCUCUUAGCUGGGAAGAUCCUAGCGCUAGGGACAAGUUCAACUUUUUGUAUGUAAACUGAAUUCAGAAAACAUAUGGCGUAAGAUGAUCCGCCUUCUAGGGUCAUCCUGGUGCUAGGAUCUUCCUCCCUCCAAGCAAACAGCCCCUAAGAAGUUGGAUGUUAAAAGUGAACAUCGUUUCAUGAAAUGUGCAAAUCGACGCUGAAGAAUUACGGAGAUUUUUACCAAUGAACUCUAUCUCAACAGGCUCAUGACUAAAGCCGUGAUACUAAUGGCAAAUCUAACGUAGCUAAAUACAAAUGAAAAGUUUGCCAAAAAAAGCCAAAACAUUCACACAAAGUGGACAUUUAUUUGGGUUUCCUUCUAUUUCUCUGGUUCUCGUUAUAGGUUUGAUGCAGCCCUAACUUGUCCAGAACCUUGGAGUCACGUUAACCAUUCCAUUAAGUUGUUGGAAGUAAACGUUUGCCACUUGACGCAGUUCGCGUUCUUCUGGACCUUCACUCUGAAACACGGCUUCAUUUUGUUUGAAAAAAAUACUUCAAGUAAGUGCUUUAGCAUUUAUUCUGAAGAAAAACACGAAACGUCCAGAGAAUUACUAGGGGCAAAUUUUCGAAUAUUUUCUUAAGAGUCUAAAAAGGCUGCGCGAGAGACUGCAUUCAAGUACACUGCCAAGGUUUAAAAUGUCUAUUUGGGUUACAAAAGAAGAAUUUAAUACACAUACCAAAGGUUUACAUUACAUGACCGUGAAGUGUUACCACUUCAAAAGUUAAGUAAAAGCUUUUCCUCUCUUUUUGCAGUUUAUGAUUCGGAUAGAGGUAUCAGAGUCAAACGGGCGCAAACGGUUACCGAACUAGAAAUUCCUCUUCGUCGCUCCAAAGGUUCCAUGGGCAACAUCACAGUACAGUGGUCCCUGUAUCAUAAUGAUUCCAGCCGCAAAAUUGACCUUAUAUGGCCAUCAUCCGGGAAAUUGUUCAUAAAGGAUGGUCAAUGGAAUGAUUCGAUUACACUGAAUAUUGCCAGUGAUGAAUGGGGAAUGCCCGAGAGCGUGAUCUGGAUUGCGCUUGAUAAUGCAACUGGCGGGGCCCUACUGGCAUCGAAGGAUGAAACCACCGCAAAGAUCAUAAUACUUCCCACCGCGUGGCACAGUGACGGGAAACGGAAAAUAACUGCAGCAAUGGUAGUGGGUCUGUGCGUGGCUACAGUGGUCGUACUUGUGGCUGUCUCUUGUUGUAUCUUUUUCUACAAACAUUCAAAAAGGUACAUUUGA